GAUAUCUCCAGUCGACAAGAUGUGGGAUGCAACAAGGCAUUAAUAUGACCUUGGGGUGUACCUGGAGGAGACUAGAUUGGAUCAAAGAGGCACUCGAUGGUGAUCCUUGACAUGAAAUAUCACCCACCCACUGACCGAGACAAAGUGCAACCUGCCACGCCCACAGCAGGACGGGAGAGACCACGUCGGGUUGAUGUUUCCGCAGAGCCAUCGAUGACACCGGCAACUAGAGGCGUCGCCGUGAAACCCAGCAGGCAGGAGGACAAGGCGAGAACGUUAGUGAGGAACAGGAUAGCGAUAAGCACCACCAUGUCGACAUGUCAAGAACCUUGGCCUUUUCUUUCUAUUUCUGCUCUCGGGGUCCCACUCCGUGGGCCCCAGCCGGCGACGAAGGGUUAGCCGUACCAGCGUCGGCUACCGAAUCAGAACUACGGAUGAGCUGUGUGCAUGCCUCACCUGAAGGGCCUCCGUAAUAGACAUAUAUGUGCGCGGGGAGAAUGGUGAUGGUGAAGGAGGAGAUGCGAAGGGGACCGUGGACGGAGCAGGAGGACCUGCAACUGGCAUGGUUUGCGGCCUUGUUCGGUGAACGUCGUUGGGAUUUCAUAGCCAAAGUCUCAGGUCUCAACAGAACGGGAAAGAGUUGCAGGAUGCGGUGGGUUAAUUACCUGCACCCCAGUCUCAAACACGGCCGCAUGACCCCCCAAGAAGAGUGCCUCAUUCUCGAGCUCCAUUCUCGCUGGGGAAACAGGUGGUCUCGAAUCGCACGUAAGCUUCCCGGCCGCACGGAUAACGAGAUCAAGAACUACUGGAGGACUCACAUGAGGAAGAGGGCACAAGAAGAGAAGAGAAGCUUCUCGCCUUCGAGGACGACGACGUCGACGUCGCCUGCUGAUGAUUUCCCGAUUGGAAGUGAACCGCGAGCGGAGGCUGCGGCGGGUUGUCAGCUCAGUAGCAGCUGCAUGAGUCUGGGGCUCGAUGAGGACAGCCAGGGUGCGGAUUGGUGCUCCAUGGAUCAGGCGUGGAACGAGCUGGCCAUGCCCGAAGCAAUCGACGGACGAAGUUUCGAUGAUUGCAGGGAGAGUACUACUACUGCAUGGCCCCCGUCGAUGCCGUCUCCUCCUAUGUGGGAAUGCUGCACUGCCUCGCUGUGGAAGACGGAUGAGGAGGAGGAGGAGGAGGAGCUCAACGGUGCAGCAUUUGGUUUAUGACUACCAUCACACGAGGAUUAACCAUGCAUCGGAUCCAUAUUUUUCUUAAUCUGUUCUCCGAGACACAUCACAGUAGUAGUCGUAGUAGUAGAAUAAGAAGAUAAUAAACGAUCGCAGCCUCCAUCGGAUGGAAUUGUACUGUAGGAUAGUGCGAAGGCCCCCAAUGCCAUAAUCCAUAAAAGGAUUGGAAUUCCA